AUGCAAUAUAACGAUAAAGGAGAGAGACAUUCCGAGUUUAUCAUGACAACUAAGACAACUCAUGGGUACUCGCAAUUUCAGAAGUCUUUCUCUCGACACCAGGCACAGGAGUCACCCGCUAGAAAGAACCAUAUUGAAAUUGACCAAAUCACCGUCAGUAAAGCGUUCUUUCAAGCGCAAUUCGCUGUUGUGCCAGAAUUCAUUACGAGAUCUUUCCUCCUUCAAAGAAGAUUUUCAUUGACACGGAGAGGAAAGAAAGCCGCGAAGUUCAUAAAGGGAAGUCUCGAAACUAUCAUCGACUGGGACCUCUGCUGGUCGGCUUUUGCUAAAACCACCAGAGAAUGCGUGUCUCCGGAAACUCUAUUGUUGAUACGUGAGGGUGAAGCUGUAGGAGCAACCACCUACUCACGUUCGAGUUCGCAGACGGAUGCAGAGAAUCGACAAAAGAAGAGCUCAAAGAGAGAAGAGCAGCAGAUAUGCUAA